AUGCUAGGCUUCCUCCAGUGCCUUUACCCGAGGAGAUGGGAAAGGCAAAAAUGGAAGGAGAUCGAAGAAAAGGCAGAAAACCUGGAGAAACUCCCGUCAUGGGAUACCACAGACAACCCGCUCAUGAUGCAAGCCUUCGAAUGGCACGUCCCGAAUGACCAGGGACAUUGGCGCCGUCUGGAGCAAGCUCUGCCGGACUUGAAAGCGAUCGGAGUCGAUAACAUGUGGAUUCCCCCAGGGUGCAAGGCGAUGAAUCCCGCAGGAAAUGGCUACGACAUCUACGACCUGUACGACAUCGGAGAGUUCGACCAAAAAGGCUCACGGGCGACGAAAUGGGGCACCAAGGAGGAACUUCAGUCGCUGAUGGCUUGCGCCCAAGAGCUCAGUGUCGGUGUCUAUUGGGAUGCGGUGCUCAAUCACAAGGCUGGGGCCGACUUCACGGAACAGUUCGCAGCGGUCAAAGUGGAUCCGAAAGAUCGAGACGUGGAGAUCUCAGCACCCGAUCUGGUGGAAGGAUGGGUCGGGUUCGACUUCCCCGGCCGUGGCGAGAAGUAUAGUUCCAUGAAAUACUCACGGCAUCACUUCAGCGGCGUGGAUUGGGACCAAAUGCGCAAGACGAACGGAAUCUACAAGAUGCUCGGGCCUCACAAAGGAUGGGCUGAAGACGUCAGCAAGGAAAACGGCAACUAUGACUUUCUGAUGUUUGCCGACCUGGACUAUUCCGAUCCUGACGUUCAGGGCGACGUGCUCAACUGGGCCACAUGGAUGAGAUCCCAAUUACCUCUCAGCGGCAUGAGGCUUGACGCUGCUAAACACUACUCUGCGGGCUUUCAGGCGAAAUUGGUUGAUCACCUUCGGGAGACGUUUGGACCGCGUUUUUUCGUCGUAGCAGAGUACUGGAAGGGAGAAGUCGAGCCUUUAAGGGAGUACCUAGAACAGACACAAUAUAGAACGUCGUUGUUUGAUGCACCGUUGGUUGAGCGCUUCUCAAGUAUCUCUCAGAUGAAAAAGGCGGAUCUUCGGCACAUUUUCGACGGCACGUUGGUUGACUGUCGACCGUCACACGCAGUUCAACCAGGGCAGUCUUUAGAGGCACCGAUUGAGCCAUUCUUCAAGCCUCUAGCAUAUGCUUUGAUCCUAUUGCGGGAUGCAGGACUGCCAUGUCUAUUCUAUGGAGAUCUCUAUGGCAUUGGAAGCGACGUCGAGAACCCGAUGACACCUUCCUGUGGAGGCCGACUACCGGUCCUUGCCAAAGCACGCAAGCUGUAUGCAUAUGGGGAGCAGCAGGACUAUUUUGACCAGCCUAAUUGCAUUGGGUUCGUUCGAUAUGGUAACCAAUAUCACCCGGACGGUCUUGCCUGCGUCAUGAGCAAUGCCAGUUCUUCCAAGAAACUCAUGUAUGUUGGACGAUCGCAUGCACGGGAGAAAUGGAGCGAUGUGUUGGAAUGGCAGACGAAGACUGUCACCAUCGAUAAAGAUGGAUACGGUGUUUUCCCGGUCGCGCCGAUGAGUGUUGGGGUCUGGGCGAAUACCAUGGCGAAGGGACGAGAUUCGUUGAGAGUGCGAUUGUAA